AUGGGGGACGUCGGGGAUGUGGAGAAGAAGGGGGACGACGGUGGCGAAGGAUUGGUGGUGUCCCAGGACACCGCUCACAAGAUUAGCCACGGUGAGGAUUCGACUUUGCUCCUUCUUCGACGCGCCUGUCCUGCUUUCUGUUUGCGUACGACGAAGAAUUAGUGUUUCCGUCGUUAUUGUCGCGAUUAUUGUUACGAUUCUUCUGGCGGGUCGGUGAAAUGACGACAUGCCUUUUUAUCGAUAUUGAUGUUCCUGUACCAUUUUCGUCUCAAAAUCUCUCAGACACCUGAGAGAUCCUUAUUGGAAAAUAUCGUUUUCGGAAAUCAAUCCACUGUCGUGUAUUUUCCUCACGAUGUCUCGAGUUUUCGAAUCUCGGUUACUUGCUCAGGAUUUUCGAAUUUACAAGCUUUCAGUGGCCACCGAUUUGAACGUAGAUCCCUCACUGUCCAUCGCUCUUCUUUCAUCAUCCGUACACCUGCUCGUUUCAUUUACCGUCUGUCGACAUCUGUAUCCACUGCGCCUUUAGUCGGCUCAAUCAUGCUUUUGUUCCUCAUGGAUGGUAAGCUUGUUUAUGCAGUACACCUGUAAUUCUACGCCUGGCAUAGAAUCACGAACACCUGUAAUCUGUUGCGAUUUCUACUUGGUAUCGUAAGUUGUAUGAUUGAUUUAUGCCGUAAGGAGCACCCAUUGAAAAUCAACUUUAAUUGCCGAAGUAUUUGAAUCACUUCAUGGUUUUUUAAAUACAAUUUUUUGUAUUAAUACUGUUUUUACUUCAUGAUUGUUCUACAUAUGAGGCACACACACAUAAAUAAAUAAAUUAGUUUAUACAUUUAGAUCCGACACUUUGCAAGGGACAAUCACUACAUAGAAUAUCUCCUGACAUCUACUUCAAUACUAUCUAAUCUGGCGCGUGCUCUAUGGAUUUUGCAGAUCCUUGGUAUCAGGUAGGGUUUGUGCUCACCACUGGUGUGAAUAGCGCCUAUGUGUUGGGAUAUUCUGGAUCAGUCAUGGUUCCUUUAGGUUGGGCUGGCGGCACGGUGGGUCUAAUUUUAGCAGCGGCUAUUUCCCUGUAUGCAAACACUCUUAUCGCUCGCCUCCACGAGGUUGGAGGAAAGAGGCAUAUCAGGUACAGAGACUUGGCUGGCCACAUCUAUGGUAAGUUCUCUUUCCAAUCCCAAGACGUAUUUCAUACCAUCACAUGUGAAAAUAAUUGGAUAAACUUUCUCCUUUAUUAUGAUAUUUAUUCAAAAAAGGUUCUGACCAUCCACCUGCGCCCGUAACAAAAAUUGCUCCUGUGCAAAUUCCCAAGGUUCUGCGAGGAAAAAAUUGUUUCUGGCUAUUUUGAUUACUUGAGUAUUAUGCGCGAUGUCUUUGAUACACGUAAUCGUCAAGGCAAUCAUUUACCAGUUGAUUGAUUUAGACCCAAUCCACAACGGUAUAUACCUGUUGUGGUGCCAGAGGUCUCACUGUCCUGUAUUUUCAGUUUGCCUGUUCCCCUGUCUCUGGUUAUCUGUUCAUAGUAAAAAUCAAUUACAGCUCAAUGUAUGGCGCUCUUGACAUAUUGAAACAUAAAAAUACUCCAUCACCACACAUUUAAUAUAUAUAUUCAUUGCCUUUCUGUCUGUUUGGAUCUUGAUGUUUUUGUAGAAUUUUGUAGUGUUUUAAGAAUUUUGUUGUGUUGAGUGCAGGUAAGAAAAUGUAUUCCAUUACGUGGGCACUGCAGUACGUAAAUCUUUUUAUGAUCAACACUGGAUUCAUUAUCUUGGCUGGACAAGCUUUAAAGGUCUGGUGUGAUGUCUUUGAGACGUACAUGAUUUUCUUUCCUUUUAAUGCAUUGAUCUUCAUUUUUACGCAGUAAACUCGAAAAUUCUUCUUUUUUAUGGUAUUUUUUUGUCGAUCAGAGUGGCCUUUCAUUUCGUUGAUUCGCAUAGUCUGGUCACUUCCAGCUUGUCUGACUUUCCCUCAUUGGUCGAUCCGGCUGUAACGGCGCCAUAUUUUUUAUCCACUGGUGUUUUAUGAACGAGAUUUCAGGAUAAUAUUUUGGAAGCAAGGUUACUAACCUAGGGUUUGUUUCCUCAACCUCCUGACCAAAAGAGAUUCCCUCAAACGUCCUUCCAAGUUUUUUAUGAGCCGUUGACCCUCUAUGUUAUCUACUGUUAGCUCUCUUCAUGUAUCUUUCUCAUUUUAUUACACCACUUUGCAUUUCUGGUCGCUGUAUAAGCUCUCUUCUUCUCGACUUCUCAACCUGGGGACGAAUGAUCUUCCCUACGCUGGUGGUCACCCAUGUCUAAGGUGGCAUUUUCUUUAGGGAACGGUAAUACUUAAGCCAACAUAUCUUGGAUGAUGUCUGUGGUUGGUCUGGGCUAAUCAAAUGGUGUUCUUCAGAGGAUAAUUUUGCCACCUCCGUGGCAAUCAACUUCUUUACCUUGUUCAUUAUUUCUAUCUUAGCCCUCGACCCACUUCUGAAACUUUCUUCGUGGCGCAGGCAGUAUAUGUUCUCUACCGCGACGAUGGAGCCUUGAAGCUUCCGUACUGCAUUGCGAUCGCUGGUGUCGUCUGUGCUCUGUUUGCUUUUGGAGUCCCUCAUUUGUCAGCUCUUGGAAUCUGGCUGGGCUUUUCCACGUUCUUCAGUCUCAUUUAUAUAAUCACGGCAUUCGUGCUAUCAAUUAAAGAUGGUAACCACCAUCCCCGCUCCAUCUUUUUCAUUUGGCCAGAUUUGAUCGCCCCACCCCCUCCGAAGAAGACACCCUUUUGUUCUCACUGUAUCCCGUUACCACUCCCCAGCGCCCACUUGUGUGUAGACGAAAGAGGAAACUGAGGAAUAAUGGCACCUCUUUCUGCUGCAGGAACCAACGCACCUGACCGGGACUACAGCAUCCCGGGAACAAAGACGAAUAAGAUCUUCGGCACCAUCGGCUCCAUCGCCACCCUCGUCUUCGCCUACAACACGGGCAUGCUGCCGGAGAUACAGGUUCCGCAUGUAGCCCCCUCCAUCUAUGAUCUGUACAUAGUGUGCUCGCUGCGUCUUCACCAAACAUCUGGUUCUUUCACAUGCAGGCCACCCUGAGGCCUCCUGUUAUCAGGAACAUGGAAAAGGCGCUGUGGUUUCAGUUCACUGCCGGCGUGUUGCCUCUGUACGCCGUCGCCUUCAUGGGCUACUGGGCAUACGGGUCUUCGACAUCGAGCUAUCUCCUCAACAGCGUCAACGGCCCGGUCUGGGUCCUGACGCUGGCCAACAUUGCCGCGUUUUUUCAAACAAUCAUCGCCCUCCACGUACCUCCUCUCUGUUCUUGAAUCUCUUCCCUGGCUUUUCGAAAUUUAGUCUGUAGCUCAGCACCUUGCUCUGAACGUCACGCAGAUCUUCGCCAGCCCGAUGUACGAGUUCUUGGACACGAAGUACGGGAGGGACAAAGGCAACGCCUUCUCUUUCGACAGGCUCUGGUUCAGAGUGGCCGUGAGAGGAGGCUACUUGACCAUAAACACGCUGGUGGCCGCCCUGCUGCCGUUCCUGGGGGACUUCAUGAGCCUCACCGGCGCUCUCAGCACCUUCCCCCUCACCUUCGUCCUGGCCAACCACAUGUAUCUGACGGUGAAGAAGACCAAGAUCUCGGCGCUGCAACGGGCAUGGCACUGGUUGAACGUCGUCGGGUUCAGCUGCCUGGCCGUCGCCGCCGCGGUGGCGGCCCUCAGAUUCAUUGUCCUCCACUCCACAACCUACGACGUAUUUGCAGAUCUAUGA